UUUAAAUUUAUUCAUGACUUGAUCAAUGAUCCUCCUGAAACUCACAAAAUUACCCGAGCAAUUGUCGGAUUUUUUUUCGGAUUUGCUAUAGCUAUUUUUUAUUAUGUCACUGUUGUUAUUGAUCUGGGAUUUACACCGUACACAACUUUCACGCUGGGUGUAAUUAUCGUUUUACUGAUGUCUAUUGGCUGUGCAGUGUCCAUACAAAUAAGAUGCGUUUGUUUUCUAACACUACCGUCCUUUUUAGGCCGUACAGGCCGCAAUGUACUAAAAACUCUUACAGUCGCUUACAUUAUUUCUGGACCGGUGCUUAAUUUGAGUUUCAAUGCAAAAGAAGUUGUCCGUUCAUUUGCAUGUACCGCAGAAAUGCACGCUAAUUUAACUAAAAAGCGAUUUGAUUUAACGUUUGAGCCCUUCAAGCAGGUGAUGCUAGGAAUGGAAGAAAGUAAAGCGGACAUGAAAGUAAUUGCUGAUUCAGUGAGAAAAUUAAUGCUGCCCAUAGUUGAAGAAGUAGAGGGUAAAGAAGCGAUGAAAAAAUUCAGCGAAGAAAAUGAUUACAUUGACGAAGAAACAGAAGUGAAUAAAAAUAAAGAAAAAUUAAAGCCUAAACGCAGAAAAAAACGGUAUAAAUUGGUGCUUGAUACAAAUCGUAUUUUUAAAAGAAAUCAAAAGGAAGAGACUAAUGAAACAGAGGAGACUGUUUUGUCGGCGGCGGAUUACGAAACAAAGUAUCGAGAAAAAAUAAAAGGCAAAUGUGAAGAUCAGCUCGCUGCGGGCUCUGAAAGAUGCCGAUAUAUGUUCGCAAAGUCUUAUGACCAGUGUUAUGAUGCCGUUACAUGGGCAGCUGCUUGGCUUCUGUGCUGGCCAAUGAAACUUGACUUUAUUUGUGACGCUGUUACUUCUCUGGGGGGUGCUAACAUAUGUAAUCCUGAUGGCAAAGUUGAAACAGGCAUCGGGCAAGGAUAUGCCGGGCUAAAAGAGGCUCAAAAAUUCCUUGAAGAUAACGCCAAAGACGGCCAGCUGCAGUACAAAGUUAAUCUGGUUAAUUCUUCAGCUCUCGUGGGCGUACGCGACGCCAAGGACUCUGCUAAGGCGAUCUUACAUGAGUUUACAGUUCGUCGUGAUUUUUUUGUAUCUUUAAUGGUGAUAAUAAAGCGUCUCUUGGCGUUCAUCGUCUUCAAUAUUAUUCGGAGCGCACAGAAGUAUCACGAUCGGUAUCUUGAUGUUAUUGACCACGACAAUCGUUACGUUACUAAGUUCUUCAAGAAAAUAGAUGCAAGACGUGCGCUAAGAGGGAGUUCUACUCUUUUGCCAUUGAAAAAAAUUGAACGACCGAAAUACAUUGAUCCUUACUCUAUUAAAUUAACCACGAGAGAACGAAGGAAUUUAAUUGCUAGAUCGCUUAGAUUGGUUUUUGAAGUUUUUACAACCACUAUUUUUAUUAUGCUUGAUUAUCUUUUGUAUUACACUUUGUUUCUUGUUAAUAAGCACGGUAAAAUUGAAAUUACUCAGUCUGGCGAACAUAAUUUGCAUAUAACCGUACGUGGUGUAGGAUUGAUGGCCACAUUAAUGCGCAAUAUCUUCAACCGAUUCAAUAUAAAAAGACAUAUAAAAGUAUCUGUAUCUAAUAUCGAAUGUCUUCCACAUCCUCAUAAACUUCCAAAUUAUAUUUUCUACAAAAUCUACCUUACCUAUUUAAUAAUAUGGAUUUUAGUAUUUAUCGACGGUUAUAUUAAAAGAUUAAGAUCUAAAAUGUGUUCAUUUUUUUAUCCCAAACGGGAGGAGCAACGUAUCGUCUACUUGUACAACGAUGCCCUGAGGCGCAGAUCACAUUUCAAUCGUUUCAAACGUAGCCGGAUAAGAGUAUUGGUCCGAGAACAAUUGUUAGAACGUAGUGUCGAUAUUUGGUUCGUCCUAAGAAACGACUACCCACGCUGGUUUGGUUGGCUCCGUUUUUUCGCGUUUGCAAGACCUAGAUGUCUUCUUUGCAACGAAACGGAGCCACGAAAAAAAUCUAAUUUCCACAAAUGCGAAACCCCGAGCUGUCCUUUCUACUACUGCAAAGAUUGCUGGAAUGAUAUAGAGGAAAUUUGCUACGCUUGUACACCAGAUAACUUUGACAGCCAAGACGAGUCCGACGUCCUGGAUUCCGAUGAAGAAAACGCGAGGAUAAAUGCUAGAUCCGAAGAAUCCUACUUCUGGCACCAUUGCGUGAUUUGUUAA